CUGCUCGUCGUGCCAAUAUCAAUGGUCUAGCAAUGCACUUGUCAUCAGUCUUCAAUCAUCGAUUUCGUUUUGGCUCCACCCAUCCUUACCAUCAUAAGUGUAUGUUCCUGUUGAGUCGCUUUUUGGAGACAAAUUCUCAAGGCUUCUAUGGAUAUGGCAUUGUAUGGGAUCUGAUCACUGGAAAAGGUUGGACAGAAUCACCAAAUUUUCCCGUGGUCACUUAUUGUGAUAUGGAGAUACGUAUCCUUGGACAUGUCCAACGUCAUACUGUACAGUGUGUCCUGGUGAUUAAUAUUUUUACUGAGAAGAUAUUUCUUCUUCUCUGGCUCUGGUACACCUUAUUGGCCGUGAUCUCGUUUGGAAGCAUAAUGUCAUGGAUUUUUUCGUCAUUACCAUUCGAUCAACGUAAAAAGUUUAUAGCACGGCGAUUAGAACUUGCUGAUGUGAGUUUCAAACGGCGCAAUUUCACCGUCGAACUGGAUGAGUUCGUUCGCGAUUUCGUAAAAAUGGACGGCGUGUUCGUGCUGCGAAUGAUCACCAUUCAUUCGGGCGUUCUGAUCUGUACCGAAGUGGUGGACACGAUGUGGGAUCAGUUCCUCGCUGAACAAGCUGAGAAGGAUGAAUACAAAGGCGAUCGUGCUCCGUCAGCCGGUGCUGUCUCCCUAGACGUCCCACUUCGACGGAAGACUUCGGUAUUAGUGCCGUUGAUGUCACGAGAGGAUCUCACCCAAAUGUCCGAUCACUUGCUGCGACCGCCCAGCCGAAUGUGA